AGAGACAAACGCGUGUGUCAUCCCGCGCUGCCUUGGUGGUGGGAGGCUGAAGUGUGAAGACUUAAUGAGUGAAUCCGGCGGUCACUCAGCGCAGACAUGGAUGAAGUGUGGAUGGUAUCUUUGUGUCUGACUUUUAUCGCCUUCGUGGUCGCCCUCCUGUCGCUGAGGAAGUCUGAUGAUACCUCCGCGAGCUCGGCUAAAGGCAAUGAGCAGAAGAGCCCCGAACCCAUCCCCUCUUCGUCACAGCCGGCUGCCCGUUACAUGGAGCUCACGCUGGAAGACAUCGAGAAGUCGCUCGAACGACUUGGAGCGGUGCUGGGCAUAGAGUCGCUCGGGGACAAGGAACCGGCUUCUGAUUCCGACACUCAGCCUUCGCUGACUGACCCCGAAGAGCAGCCGUACCGGCGUGGGGGAAGAGUAUUCCGGGGACGGGCAGAACAUGAUAGCGCUGAAGCCUGGAGUCGCCCCGAGAGACAGGACAAGAUCAAAUCUUCAGAGCAGGUAGAUCCUUGGAGACAUGGUGCAGGAGAAGGGAAAGAAAUUCUGGAGCAUCCACCUGCAGCUACAGCAACACAAAAUAUAAUGGAACAGAUUGAACAAGCUGUCCAGGAGACCUUAGAUCAUAACAGGGAGCGCUCAGAAUUUGUUCGAGUCAGACGGGCCCCACCUGCUCCACGAUUUGAAACUCGGCCUAGGGAUGAUAUGCUGCAGAAUAAAACCCUAGACUACUCUGAAUAGAUUUGGCUGUGUGUGAGGUGGCUUUCACACAUGUUGCUUCAACUUCUUGAGUGACCGUCAAUCUCUUGAGGGUUCUGAAUGGGCAGGAGUUAUUGUUUCGCUUAAUUCUUCCAAACUUCAUAGCUGCUGGUUGAUUUGGGUCACCUUUCUAUUUUAAUUGAAAAUAUUAAAAUUGAAAACAAAAACAUGAUUUUUUAAAUUAUUUGAUAGGAUAAUUCAUAUUUUAUUUGAUGCAUCUUUGAACAGUCUGGACUUUCAGCAAGACUGUGACUGCAUACCUUGUAAAGAUUAUCUACAAGUCUCACACCAGGAUCUCUCUUUUGGGAGCACCUAUUGUAGAAUUUUGAUUCAUUUCAAUUUGAAAAGUGAAAUAUUAAGGAAUUUAUGCUUAUAAGUAUUGCUUAGUUUGCAAUAUAGUACUUAGUAACACCAUAGAUAAAGUGCAUGCUGUAUAUGGUUUCUUUUUCUAAGCUAUCCCUCAAUCUUUACAUGACAGGUUGCAAAAAAAAAUUGGAAUCCCCCAGAUUAGCAUGACCUUUGACCCAUGUAGCGUGAUUUUAUUUUAAACUUCUAGCGCCUGGUAAACUAUUCAAAUUGUGCUGACUUAUUUGUUAAAUAGAGUAAAUGUAUGGAGGUUAAAGAUGAGCAUCAGUGGAAUCCCUCUCCCAUGUUGCAGCAAAUUUCUCCAAAUACCCAGUAUAGUGCCAUGCAGCAAGUUCCAAUGUGCUUCAGCUAUUUCGAAUGCUGAAUUUUACUUUCAACAAUUUUAAAAUGUACAGUUAGCAACAGAUUUGAUGAUGAUGGCAAAACAUUUUAGCCGGCACUGCACAGCUGAUAGCUAUCUUAUUACAGCACUGUUUGUUCCGUGUUAUCUCAAUUACCCUGUAAUUCUCCUAGUCAGUGCUCACUGCUGCAAGCCUGAACUUGUUCCUUUCUCAUUGUCUUUUUACACUACUAAUGAUAUGAUACUAGAAAAUCAAAUGCUCAAGUCAGGUCUUAAGAGUUUGUUUGGACAAUUGCUGUUUGCAUUACUGGAAAGUGAACGGUUUCAACAAACUAAUCACCCAUUCCAAUUGCCUUGGGUCACACAAUUAAGUCUGCUCUUCACCCCACUGCAUUGAUUCAGUAAUGCACAAUACUCCUAUCUGUUAGGAGUGUACUAUCUAUACCAUAGGCAGAUCAUAAAUCAGUGGAGAAGCUGAGAGUGGGAGAAUUUUCUAACAACACACUCAUUAGAAUACUUAGCCAAAGUAUUUCCACUAAAAUGUUUUGUCUAUAUUGAAGAAGAUUGUAGACCUAACCCACUUGAAUAGCUAAUAUCCAGUGCUCAGCCUCAUCACCUUCAGAUCCUACAAGACUCUAGCCAUUUUGAUCAGAAACCAGCAGGGGUCAGUUGUGAUGUUGGAGCAACUGAUAAAGGAAAAAUGUAAAAAGAUAAUAAAUUCAUACCUUGAAAUAAA